AUGUCCGUGUCCGCAGAGGAGGUUGCCAAGCACAACAAGGACGGUGACGACAGCGACUGCUGGGUGAUCGUUGGCGAUCAGGUGUUGGACGUGACCGCCUUUCUCUCCGAACAUCCCGGUGGCAGGAAAUCGAUCAUGAUGUUCGCUGGCAAGGACGCCACAGAGGAGUUCGACAUGCUCCACGACCGCAAGGUGCAGAGAUCUGCAUCAAAGCUUGCGGAAGGGUCAAACGGCUGUCACGGCUCUUCCCAUCCGCCUUUGAUCGUCUGCCGGCAGGUCAUCAAGAAGUAUGGCCUUGACGAGGCAUUCGUUGGAGCACAGUGUGCCCAUGUCCUUGCAACACGGAAAGAUUCUGCCGUGGGGGCCGAGGGCACCGUCGUGCUGAAGGGCACGAUCAAGAAAUGA